AUGUCCGCAAUGAAAAAUGCACCCGAGGCUCCAAACGAGGAUCUAUUGUUGGCAGUCGUUCCUCAGGAGUCAUGGUGGAGAAGCUCUAAUCUUCGUCGCUUGAACUUUUGUGUUCUCUCACUGGCUCUUUACUCAUCUUCGAGCGGAUACGAUGGAUCGUUAGUGAAUGGCUUGGAGGCCCUGGAUAGCUGGACCGAGUUUAUGGAAAACCCUUACUGGGGCUUCUGCAGAUGA